GGGUCUCUGUCUGUCCUGUCUGUCCUCUCACCCCUCCAUCCCUCCCUCUCUCUGGGUUUAAGACAACCUGCUCCGCUCGCUUCUCUUUCCGCGGCGUCUCCACGCGCGCUCUCCACCUUCACCAUUACGUCCCAAAGUAAAACGGACUUUUUAGCGCUCGCGUCCCGGACUCUCCACAGGAAGAGGAUCGUCGCCGCGGUGGUAGGUAUCGUCAUGGUUCUAGCUCUGAUAAUCGCGAUUCCCCUGCUGGUCCAAACCUCCAAAACGGACGCGCACUAUGAGAUGAUGGGCACGUGCCGGAUGAUCUGUGACCCGUACAGCCCCAAACCGAGCGCCACGGCUCUGGAGGUCAUGCAGGACCUGAGCGCCAUUCCGUCCCCGAGCUAUGUCACAGGGAAUAAAGGAGAGCCUGGCCGCCCGGGAAAACCCGGGCCGAGGGGGCCACCGGGCGUACCGGGGCCGCCCGGACCGAGAGGGCCACCUGGGGAUAGAGGGGACACCGGGAAGAACGGAUAUCCCGGGUUAGGAGGCACCGCGCGCUCAGAGACCGACGGAGACCCGGGCUCGAUCAUCGGUGGGUCAAAGAUCGCCUUCUACGUGGGUCUGAAGAACCCGCACGAGGGAUACGAGGUGCUCCGGUUUGAUGACGUCGUCACGAACCUGGGUAACCACUACGACCCCACGACCGGAAAGUUCACGUGCCAGGUGUCCGGGAUUUACUACUUCACCUACCACGUGCUGAUGCGCGGCGGGGACGGGACCAGCAUGUGGGCUGACCUGUGCAAGAACGGACAGGUCCGAGCCAGCGCCAUCGCGCAGGACGCGGACCAGAACUACGACUACGCCAGUAACAGCGUGGUGCUGCACCUGGACUCCGGGGAUGAGAUCUACGUCAAACUGGACGGAGGGAAGGCGCACGGCGGGAACAACAACAAGUACAGCACGUUUUCCGGUUUCCUUUUAUACCCGGACUAAAUAUUCACGGGAUAAAUAUUUACGCCACACCCACACCUCUGUAAUAUCUCCACUUCUGAUCAGGAGGAAGAUGCCAAAACAGUCCUCUUUUCUCCGUCUUUGAACGCAUCUUUUCUUCCAUAGAGUAUGGAUUAUUUCUGGAUUCUAUAAUCCCACGUAUUCCGCAAUAGUCUCACGUGCUUGGCUGAUUGUUUACGCAGAAACAAAAGACUCAUCCCUUGUUGGAAAAUUAGCGAACAUACAUUAGAAGCUUUUUUCAGAAUCAUCAUAAGCGCCCUGGCUGUAUUGGGACUGUGUUCUGGAUAAACUGGCUCCACAUGAAGGAAGCUCCACAGUCUGUUGUUGCGUCUCCUCUUUGAGGAUGUUUGAGGCUGAAACUGAACUGAAAGGCCUCCAUGCUCCCCUGCUGUAUUCAGAGGAUAUUACUGUGUGAUGUGAUACAUAAAGAUAUAUCCUGUAAAGUCUGAACAUAUGUAUUUAUGCACUUCUGUAUUUCAAAAGAGAGUCAGUGAACCCGUAUAUAAGCUACAGUUAACUGCCCAUCCAGUGUUGCAAAAAUGUCUUUCUAUGUCCUCAGUCUAUAUGUGGAUCAAUACUUUCAAUAAAUGAGUAUGUUUUGUACGAUGGCGUCUGAUGUCAGGUGGAGUCGGAGU